AUGAGGUUCACACAAUCACUGCUAUAUUCCUUCUCUGAUCUUCGUAUUACAACAUCCUCAAAAAGACUCACUUUGUGCUGGAAACGACUACAACCGACGGUCGUCUUUCGAUCUUCACAUCGACGCUACAACAAUGAAGCCUCAAAUAUAAUAAAAUCUGAUUAUCCUUCGGUGCCGAUACCAAGCUCAUCGUUCUCCGAUGUUGUAUUAGACGCUGUAAAGAGCCGAAUCAACUCUAAAAGGAUAGCCUUUAUCUGCGCCGAGAAUAACAAGGAAGUGAACUACAAGACCGUCAACGAUUCUGCAUUCGCUCUAGCGACGUUUCUUCGGAAGAACGGCUUCUAUAAAGAUAUUGCGUCUGCGAUAUUACCAAACCAGUGGGAAUGGCUGUCGGUGUUUCUCGGAGUCACACUAAACGGCGGCACUUUGACAUCAAUAAGCCCCGUUUCUACGGAAUAUGAACUACAACGCCACCUCCUGGACUGCAAAGCUAAACUGGUUUUCACUGGUCAGCAAUCACUUAAAAAGGUGCUGAAGGCAACGCAGCAAUCUUCUGACGUGAAGAUUAUAAUUUGCCUUAAUAACGACCAGACUUUGCCUUCCGGAACUCAUCGGUGGACUGAUGUCUUAGAGACAACACCCGAUUGGAACAUUACAGCUCCUGCAGUUGACGUUGAUCGGGAUCCGGUGUUCAUGCCAUACUCAAGUGGAACUACAGGAGAACCGAAAGGAGUAAUGUUAACACACAGAAACUAUUGUGCUAUGAUGAACAUCUUCAUGUCUCAUAACAACUCUCGAAUGACUGGCGCAGUAAACCCUCCAUUAGACCGUGAGAAGGACAAAUUAUUGCUGUUACUCCCGUUUUAUCACUGUUACGGAUUCGGCCUUCUCAUGGACGCGGUUUUAAACGACUUUACUUCCGUCCACAUGUCACAUUUUCAGCCGGAGUUGUUCUGUCAGUCAAUUCAAAAAUAUGGAAUUCGCUUCCUUGCUGUAGCCCCACCGAUACUUUCGUUCCUUGCUAGAAAUCCUAUAUGUGAACGGUAUGACCUGUCUUUUCUUAAUACACUCCUUAACGGAGCUGCACCACUUCAAAAGGAUGUUUGCGACGAAUUGGUUAGCAAGUACAAAAACAUAAAACAUAUAUGUCAAGGCUACGGGAUGUCCGAAAUAUGCAUGGCGUCACACUUACCUGACCUUAUCAGUGGGCAACCAUUUGGAAGUGUCGGAAAAUUAGCGUCGAAUAUGGAAAUGAAGAUUGUGGACCCAGAAACUGGCAUCGCUAAGAAACGUGGUGAAUUGGGAGAAAUCUGUAUUCGUGGUCCUACGGUGAUGUACGGUUACUUCGGAAAACCCGAGAUGACGCAAAAAUGCAUCAAAGAUGGCUGGAUGUACACUGGAGACAUUGGUUACGUUGACGAUGACGGAUACCUCUUUAUCGUGGACCGCCUCAAAGAGCUAAUAAAAGUCAAAGGAUUCCAGGUAUCUCCAACCGAACUGGAGAGAAUAUUACAAGCUCAUCCAUUGAUUAGUGAUGCAGCAGUUGUCGGUGUUCCCGACUCGAUAAAAGGAGAGCUUCCGAAGGCCUUCGUAAUUCGCAAAUCAGAUAAUCUUUCUGCUGAAGAAGUGAAGUCAUUUCUGAAAGAAAAGGUAUCGCCAUACAAACAGUUGUCCGGUGGUGUCGAAUUUGUGGAGGAGAUUCCAAAAUUACCGUCAGGCAAGGUGCUAAGGCGAUUGUUGCGUGAACGAAGCAAAUCGAAAUGA